GGGCCAGACUCGCCACUAUCCACCAGCGUCCCACCUUAAAUGAAAGACCAAUGAAAAUACGAGUCCAUAGGCGGCUCUCAAUCCCUCAUUUUCGGUUCGGGACGGCAUUUUCCCCCAUAUGCCCGUUCAAUGGCUUUGCGCAGACGGCGGUAUGCAAAGGAGUGCUCUGCUUUUCUGUGUGUUUUCGUCGAUAUCAACAAUGCCGCGGCGCUUUCCUUGGCUCUAUUAAGACGACGCGCUUCGCUCCGCAGUACGGCUGCCUUCUGCACGGCGCUGCUUACAUUGUAACGCCGCCGGCAUUCGCUCUCUCUUCAUUUUUUGAAACGAAAACAGUGAUUUUGACAAGUUGACCACCGCGAUAGGCGUGUUGCCUCCUGCGAUCAGAGGCGAUCCCCUGCGAAAUUGGAAAUCAUUUAGACCUUAAUCAAUGGCGGCCUGAGUUAAAGAUCUGCUUGGAAUCAGACACACCGAAGUCAAACAAGACAUUUGUUUGACGCCAAAGGCCCAACAAUGGGGGCGACCAAAAGCAAACCCAAGGAGCUGGGCCAGCGUUCCCGUAGCCUGGACGGGACCAUCGGCCCCUGCGGUGGCGGAGGGCACCACCUGAGCCCCGGACCGCAGUCCCUGACGCCCACGCGGAGCCCGGGCAGGGACGGCACCCGGCGGGGCACUCAGCCACUGGUCAGCAAUGCAGAACUCGCCCUCUUUGGGGGGGUGGACCACCCCGGGACCAUCACCUCCCCACACAGAGGACAGCUAGCAGGGGGAGUCACCACUUUUGUGGCACUUUAUGACUACGAGUCACGCACAGCCGCAGACCUGUCUUUCAAGAAGGGCGAGCGCCUGCAGAUCGUCAAUAACACGAGAAAGUUGAACUGCAGGGAAGGGGACUGGUGGCUGGCUCGAUCCCUCACUUCAGGACAAAGCGGCUACAUUCCGAGCAACUAUGUUGCUCCUUCAGACUCCAUCCAAGCAGAAGAGUGGUAUUUCGGCAGCAUCACCCGCCGGGACUCGGAGAGGCUACUGCUGAGCUUGGAGAACAGGAGAGGCACCUUCCUCGUGAGGGAGAGCGAGACCACGAAGGGUGCCUACUGUCUGUCCGUCCUGGAUUAUGACAACGUGAAAGGUCUCAACGUGAAGCAUUAUAAAAUCCGCAAACUGGACAGCGGAGGAUUCUACAUCACAUCACGAAUGCAGUUCAGCAACCUGCAACAGCUGGUCAUGCACUACCGCAAGUAUGCAGAUGGGCUGUGUCACUGCCUGACAGAGGUGUGUCCCGUACUGAAACCCCAGACCCAGGGCCUGGCUCGGGACGCAUGGGAGAUCCCCCGGGAAUCACUGCGGCUGGAUGUUAAGCUGGGUCAGGGUUGCUUUGGGGAGGUCUGGAUGGGUACUUGGAAUGGUACGACACGUGUGGCCAUCAAGACCUUGAAACCGGGAACCAUGUCCCCAGAGGCUUUCCUCCAGGAAGCCCAGGUCAUGAAGAAGCUCCGGCAUGAGAAACUGGUGCAGCUGUACGCUGUGGUGUCUGAAGAGCCCAUCUAUAUCGUCACAGAGUACAUGGGCCAAGGAAGCCUGCUGGACUUUCUCAAAGGAGAAAUGGGCAAGGUACUGCGACUACCCCAACUGGUGGACAUGGCCUCGCAGAUCGCCUCUGGAAUGGCCUACGUGGAGAGGAUGAACUAUGUGCAUAGAGACCUCAGGGCAGCCAACAUCCUCGUGGGAGACAACCUGGUCUGCAAAGUGGCCGACUUCGGCCUUGCACGGCUCAUCGAAGACAAUGAGUACACAGCCAGACAAGGAGCCAAGUUCCCCAUCAAGUGGACCGCUCCUGAAGCUGCGCUGUAUGGUCGCUUCACCAUCAAAUCUGAUGUCUGGUCCUUUGGCGUCCUACUGACUGAGCUGGCCACCAAAGGAAGGGUACCAUACCCAGGGAUGGUGAACAGAGAAGUUCUGGAGCAGGUGGAGCGUGGCUACCGGAUGCCUUGUCCUGCUGAAUGCCCCGAGUCUCUGCAUGACCUGAUGCUGAGCUGCUGGCGCAAAGAGGCCGAGGAGCGGCCCACCUUCGAGUACCUGCAGGGCUUCCUAGAGGACUACUUCACUUCCACUGAGCCCCAGUACCAGCCUGGGGAGAACCUUUAGGGAGGCAGGUCCCAUGUAGACUCAAUGGCAGAUAAGAGUGGGUGUGUAGGUGUGCCCUGCCCCCACGAGACCCCUGGCAAGCCACUGCCAAUCCUGUUCGGCUCUCUUAUCUUACACCAACUACAUCCCGAAACUGCCUCUGUCGUGACGUCUGUCGUUGGAAGCCACCACCUCAUGCUGGGGGUUCAGUUCACUGCUGUAUAAUGAAGCCUCAGAAUUGGCUGUGUUUUUAUAAUAAUUAUUAUUAUUAUUUGUGUGUUGUUUUGGGGUCAGACGAUAGAAACUCCAAACGUUUUGACUUUAAUAUCAACUUCUGUCCUAAGUGACAGAUCCUCAUUGACCUGUGACUCCAUCCAUCCUCAAACCCAGCUCUGCCCCUCUGCCCUCAGUCUCCGUCAGGUCCGUUGGCCCUGUCAAGCUUGCGAUGAGCCCUAUGUUUUUUAGACCUGGUGUCACCCAGUCUCUGGUGACCACUAACUGCAUCCUUGGUAUCACUUUGUCACUCUUUCAGAUGCACAUUAUUAUUCUUUGGGGAGAGUGAAUCCAUCAAAGUUUUGAGAUUUGUCUUGUUUUUCUCCUUCUUUUUUUUUGGUUGGGGGGGGGGGGGGGUUGUGAAGUGAAAAACAACCCCUAGCCUCUCCCAGCUCGACAAGGCAUUACUGAUCUCUGCCAUAUGAAACACAGGGUCAAUAUUUAGUCUUUUCUUUCCCUCCACUACUGGAUUGACUGGAAUUCGGCAUUUGUUCAGACCAGCGACCAGUGGCGAUGGUAGCUGUCCAUGGGAGGACUGAAGGUGAAGAUAGCAGCAGUUAAUUACUAGGGGGCUCAACAACAAGAACGAGGCAGGUGGAGAUGGAGUGGCCGGGGAGGUACUACUAUUUUGUUAGAGCUUCCUCAAAGAAGAAUCCACAAGGUUACUGAAACGUACUGAAACAGUCAACAUGAGCUGCUUUGAUCAGCCUGUAGGACUUCUGGGAAAACAACCCUGUAAAACUACUGAUCAGCCCAGUCCUUUAUUAAUACUGGGAUCCUGCUGCAGUUUUUUUUUUUGUGCCAAUGAAACUUUUCUUUUUUUUGUACUGUCUGCUGUGAAAGAAAGUGUAUUUUUUAUCUCACGGUUUCCUACAAAAUCAUGUCCGUCCAUUGGCGAGCCCCAAGCAGCCGGUUCCGUAUUGUCUGCGAAUCCCACGCCCCCACUGAUUUCACAGACGCCCGUUGCGCUUUGUGCCGCCCCUGUGGUUGGGAUUCAGGGUGGUUUACUUGCACUUGGGCCGCCUUAGAGGUACAGUGACUGUCCACAAAGUGAUCUGCUAAUCCCCCUCCAUCUUAUGUUUAUGCAAGUAAAAUGCUGUCCUGUUCCCUCCACACCUUUUUGAUGGAAAUUCUCUCGCUUGUCACUGUUGACUGAAUGUUCUACAUAAAAAUGUGUCCUAAACGUUACAGGCAUCAUUCUUCUGUAUUUCUGACAGAAUUCUAGGUCCUGUUACACCGUCCAUUGAGUUUUCAGCUGCACUGAAUACUUUUUCGUUUUUUUCUUCCUUGAAAAAACAUUUCCAAUAUUCCUUCUGUCAGUCAUCCACUUCUGCAUUUCUCACUGGAUCAGCCAAGUCUCUUGAUUCAGCCAAGACCAUUAAUAGAUAUACAAGAUGGCACAAGGGGGCUAUUUUGUGUAGAUUUGCCUUUGUUUGAUUGUAGAUGCCUGCAAUCCUAUAUGAUCCUGACUACAUCACUACAUUGCUGAUAGACACUGAAAAUGGUGCAUUGAUAUUAGAAUUCCCCAUUCAGGAAGUCAGUGGGUGCAAUGUUUUCAUGUGUGGCUCUCAAAAAAUGUUUUAUACUUUAUAAAUUAUUAAUCUGGAUGAAUGUACUGGAUGUAAUCUGACCAAUGUUAGGGUCAGAAGGUUUCAUACAAUAUAAUAGAAUAGUAUUUCCCAAUCUGGUUCUCGGGGACACAGAGACAGUCCACAUUUUUGCUCCCUCCCAGCUUGGGCAAUAAAGUGGACAGUCUGCAGGUCCCAGAGGACCAGACUGGAGAACAUUGGACUAAAAUGUUAUCUUUGGCAUGAAUUAUUCAGCCUGAUCCCUGGUGUAGUCAUUUGACCACAGAGAAGGACUUCAGUAUGACCAAUGGACAUGGUCCUGCAAAAUCGUAUCAGUGACCGAGCUACAACUGUGGACAAUUGCAGGACUUUCUCAAGAUUUAUUUGGAUUUGUUGCAUUUUAUAUCUGUUCCGGUGUGACAUGAUUUAAUUUAGAUUUUGCUUGACUAUGCCUAAAACAUCUGCCUUAAUUUGCCUUGGGAGGUGAUUCAAUAAAUGCGUAAAUGAUUUUAGUUGUAGCCCAGCAGGAUAAACAUAAAAUAUUUUUAACUUUAUGUAACAUGAUUGGGAUUUUUCUGCCAUUGAUCAGUAUGAAUACAUCUGCAUUUAUGUAAAUGGUUUCAGGAGACGAGGUACCCAUUUCUGACUGUAUGUUGAUUCACUCUGACAUCCAAAAGGGUUCCCUGAAAUCCUAAGACCUUUGCAGUUCAUUGAACCUGUUUUCACACAAAUUUAAUGGAGAAAGUAAAUUCCUGUAUUUUUGUGCAAUCAUUAUGAAGAAGGGUGCAGAUUAUUGGGAACAACCGCAGUGUCAUAUAGAGUAAUACAUCAGGUUAAUUGGUAGUGUCUUCCCCCAAUAUUUAAAUGACAGAAAUGUCUUUGGAAUGUUGAUUAUUGGCUAAAUACACGAGCUUCUCUACAUGCAAGACUGUGUUAGCUGGCAUGAAAACGUGGUGCACAGUUUUUCCUUACUGUAAAAUGGUUGUGUGUAAAUGCCUCCAUGACUAAUGAAUCUUGCAUUAAAAAAAAAAAAACCAUAUUCUCUCA